AUGGACGUGUUUGAUGGCCCAAUGCCCAUGCUGCUGGAUGCUGCGCCUAGCGCGGUGCAGGUCGGCGCCGCGGCGCCAAUCGUGCUUGGUCCGCCGUACGAGCAGCAGCAGCACCACCAUUUCCAUCAACACCACCACCACAUGCAGCUAAUGCAGAACCACGACGUGCAGCAGCAGCCGCAGUUCUUUGACCUCGCCGAGUCCCAGCAGCAGCACCAGCUGACCCAUCAUCACCAGCAGCAGCACGCCGCUGCGCCCGCAGACGCAUGCGACGCGCCCUCCCAGCGCUCCGCGGCCACCGCCGCCGCCUACUCCGGCCCCGGCGGCCGCCAGCCGGGCGCGUCGCCGGAGAUGACGAGCUCCGCAUCCGCCGCGGCGCUGCUCGCGGCGCGGCAGCAGCACGCUGAGCUGGCGCAGCGGCACGCGCUGCUGCAGGACGCGGUCAUGCGGCGGGAGCAGCAGCUGCAGGCGGCGCAGCACCUGCACCACGACUACUUCUACGGCGCGUAUGAGCACACGUAUGGCUAUGAGCAUGCGCAGCAGCAUGGGCAGCAUGCGGACCAAACCAUGCAUGCGCAUGCGUUCUCGGACGCAUGCGGCUUCGGCCCACAUGCGCAUGCGCAUGCGCCGCAGAGCCCCGGCGGCGUGGACGCCAUGCGGGCCCAGAUCACGCAUCAGAUGGAGGUGCGGCGCCAGCUGCUCGAGCAGACAGAGCGCCUCGCCGCAGAGGUGCAGCGGCGCGAGGGCGCAGCGGCGCAGCGCGAGGAGCCGCGGCCGCCGCACGGCCCCCGCUCUGCGGCGCUCGAGGCGGCGCGGCAGCUCAAGGCCCUCAUGUCGAGCCUGCCGCCGGAGCAGCGGCGCGCGUGCGCGCUCGAGCUGAUGCAGCAGCGCCAGCAACUCCUCGCAGCCGGCGAGAGCGGCGCGGGCGCAGCGGACGUGGCGGCCGCGGCGCUUGAGCGGUGCCAGAUGGUGGUGGCCGCAGGGCGGCUGGCUGAGAGCGACACGGCGCGGCAGCAGCAGCAGCAGCAGCAGCAGCAGCAGCAGCAGCAGCAGCAGCAGCAGCAGCAGCAGCAGCAGCAGCAGCAGCAGCAGCAGCAGCAGUGCCGCCAGCGACGAUGA